UAAAUAGGAAUACAGAAAGAGUUUGGUUUUUCACAUUACUCUUCUCCAUUAAUUAAGAGUAAACAAAAAUCAAUGAGUUCGAGAUAUUUCUUAUUGCUGGCUCUUUUGCUUGCAUUUGUAGCUCUUCUCAUCUCUUCAGAUGUUGCAGCUACAGACCUUGCUCAAACUUCCACUCAACAAAACAAAGUUGUGGAUGCAAAUGUAAAGGGGGUGGAGGAUGGUAAAUAUGGAGGAUAUCCUGGCCAAGGCAGUUAUAAUAACGGUGGAGGGCAGGGGAGUUACGAUAACGGUGGUGGCCCUUACAGCAAUGGCGGAGGGCGUGGCCGCAGAGGGCGUGGCGGUGGCGGUGGUCGUUGCUACUACGGUUGCUGUAGGAGCAAUUACUAUGGAAGAGGGUGCGCCAGGUGCUGCUCUUAUGCAGGUGAAGCUGUUGAAGCCAAACCCAACAACUAAAUAAGGCAGAGAUCCAGUACUGUAGUCAUGAUGAUCAUUCGAGAUGGUGAUAUAUAUCCAUUUAUAAAUAAAUAUUUAAAACUUCUACGUAUUUGUAAUUUAAGGAUGAAUGAAAUUAAGUCAUAUAUAUAUGCAUUAAUAUUAUUAUUUGUUCUUAAUUAUUCAUGCAUACAUCAUGAUAUAAUGAUAUAAAUACUGGUCUUGUAAUAGCCACUCUAUAUAAUUGAUCAGUUUCUGUUUGAAAUCCA